AUGCGAUUAUCUAUUGAAGCUGAUAAAGACACUCCAAGCAAAAUUCAUGCAAAUCUGCUUGCAUAUCAGAAUGCACCUGUCAGAGAAGAAGAAGAAGAGAACUACAAGUUGGCUACACUGUCAAAGAUAGAAAUUUCCACGGAGGAAUUGAAGACAAACUGCAGUGUUGAUAUUUGUGUAUACAGUGAAAAUCGUCGAAUUCUUAUUGAAGAAAGUAAUCGUCAACUUGCUCUAUGGAUGGGGAGAAUUUGCAAAGAGAAGCUACAAUGUCGCGUCCCAGUCAAACUACAGAUUCCAGUGUCAACUCCAUUAUUAUCAUCCAUGGAAAGGAAUAGUACCUACACGAUAGAGACACCUUUUGGAUUCUCAGUUUGUCCAGUUGGUUCAGUUGCAUUAGUUUCUUGUAUCAAUGAAGAAAAGGUUGAUAGCGAAGACGUUUUAUCAUCAUCAUCAUCAUCGAAGCCUACAGCUGAUACUGACAAUCGUGUUAGUGAUAACCUUCAUUUAGUAGACGAGGAGAUGAAGCUGAAAGUCAAGGAUAUUGUCCCUGAAGGCGAUACUCUGGUGACUGAGAAUCAACAUUUACUCAAUGAAGUUUUCGUCUACAGACAAGCGACUAAUCGUGGCUUCGUCUCAUUUUCUAUCACAAAAUCUACAAUGAAUGCCGAGAGUCCUCCUAGUUAUCUAAGUCAAAUGGAACAAGAGUUGUGUAGUAGUAGUGGGACUGUUAAAGUGGGGCUAGACGUCACCACUCAAAAUGACUGUAUUGAUCUGUCAGUUAUCGAAAAAUCAAUUCUACUGAUUGAGGAGUUUGCGAAUUCACCAACAAGCGGAGAUCAGAUCGUUUUGGUUGUCGAAGACAUAACACCUCAAGAUGUGAGUAAUGAUGAAGGCAUCAUCAACUGUGAAGUCGACGCAAUUCCCUGUCAUAUUCUACGGAGUCCUAAAAGACUUUCACCGCUUUUUAUAAAAUUGCAUUAUAAUACAGAUUUGAGCAAUUCACAGUAA